AUGCUACUCAAAGUGUUUCCUGACCGAGAUGCGCUUCAGGAUGAAGAUACCGACGAUGACGACGACGAUAACUGGGGCCGCGACACAAGUAAGCCAGAUACGAGAGCCCUAUUUCGGCGCGAAUGCGAAGCGUAUGCCCACCUGCUCCAUUUCGGUAUCUGCAAAAGAAGAAUUGUCCCGAACUGCUACGGGCGAACCACACUUUCACCUGGUCACAUCGGCAAGCUCGUGGCGCUUCCUGCUGCCUCCGACACAGUAUGCGCCUUGCCGAACGAAGAGCUUCCGCCAAAGGGCAUCCUCAUCGAGUACUUCGCGAACGCGGAACGGCUCUCCCACCAGAACAUCACGCCCGAGGUAGCGCAGGCUGCGCUGCGAGCCCUGAAUGCUGUACAUACCGGGAACGUCCUUCAUGGUGACGUCCACCAGCGCAACAUUCUGCUGUUGCCCGACAGACGAGUCGUGUGGAUUGACUUUGACUGCUCGUGCUGUGAUCUUGUGAGAGAAUUGAGAGACGCAUGGUCGUACGUCUUGAACGACUGGUAA